AUGGUUAAAUUGUCGGCGAUCAUCUUGGCUCUGGUUACAGCCAACGCAGUUUACGUCGCUGCCACACCUGUCAGAUAUGCGGAAUGGGACGACAGUGGGGAGAGGCUGGCAAAGAGAUGGCCCCCGCUGCGCCCGUACUACAUGCUGCCGGCUCCCUUUGGAUACCCGCUGAGGCCGCAUGUACCUUUUACAACGCCCUCAACGCAGGGGGAGAAGCCUACCACUUCCGGGCCGACGACCCCCACCGACACUGGGAGGCCAAUACCAUCUCCCACUGAAGCAGAGUCCUCUUCGUCGCGCUCUACUCAGGUGUCCUUCCCUACGGCUGUGCCUCAGCAUUCUCUGCGUCCAUUAGACAGCUCCAAGUCCACGCAGUCCCAAGACGCUGUGAAAACCAAAAACCUCGCUCCCACUUCAACUCAGGUUUCGCAGCAUACAGAGACCCAAUCUAGCGAGUUCCAUCACUGGCCUGAGCCAUACAAUCGUCCGUGGGGGUACAUUCCACCAGUGCGCCCGUGGUACCCAAGACCAUGGUACUCCCGUCGUCGCGAUGAAACGGCGAGCUCCGGCGAAGAAGACUACGAUGAGAGCUGGGUUUAUGAGGAGGGAUAUUAA